UUAUAUUUUUCUCCGCCGCCUCGCAAAUAAGUCGGUUGACAAUCUCUAUAUAUAGCCUUCAAUUAGAUAGUCUCUCCAGCCAUUCUAGCCUUCUUUUGCUCCAGGUAAGUAUCAUGGAAAUUCUUUAAGCAACUCGUUUGCUAGGGAGCAGGUUUUUUUUUGCCCAAAAUAAUGUUGAUCAGCCUAAUGGUUCGGAUGAUCCGCCCCUGGUAGUAAAGAGUCUUGGUUUGUCAUCUCAGCGAAGCUUAGCUCAGAUGUCGUAGAAAGGAGUCUUGAUUCGUCAUCUCAGGGAAUCUUGGCUCAGAUGGCUAGGGUGCAGAUAAACUUGAAUUUUUGGCGUUGUUGGAUGGAUUUCCUAUCAUAAUCAGAAGCGUGGAGAGCAAUAUCCAUAGGAAUUUGUUGUUGUAUGAAGAUGUAUAGGGGUAUAAUCGGGACAUAAAAGCCCUAGUAUCAGGGGGUCAUGUCCCGUUUUAAAUUACUCUGUUACUGUUCUGGCCUUUGCCAUGUCGGGUGCGCUUGCAUGGCAGGUCCCUAUGUUUAAUAAAAAAUGGAUUUUUCGGGGUUUUGAGGGGGAGAUAGCACGGGAUUUUUUUUUCUGGGCCGGGAUCUCUCCCCUCUUGAUGUGUGUGUGUGUUUUUUGCCUUUUCUGAUUCUUAAUUGGCCGCCCGCCGCCCACAUCAGGUACAGGCUAAUUAGUUAGCAUUUGAACUUUGCAAUUAAUUAGACAUAGUAGUCAACGGAAGCCACUUAAUUUGUAUUAUCAUAUAUUGUUGGUAGUUUGUGCAGUUAAGGCAGUAGAAGAUGAUGAAUGUGAACUUUCAAGUUUUGAACAUCAAUUUUCACCAGUGGUAACAACUCAAAAUCUAAUAAACCAAGUAUCUGUUUCUGUAAAACGUGCUUGGACAAAAUCCAUGAGAACUUCAUCUGAUCCGCUAUUCAGACUCAGGUAUGCAUAAUAGGCUCGUAAUUAUGGUUUCCUUGGAUUCCCAAUAAUAGACCUCAGGUAUGCAUUGUAGAUUAUGCUCGUCUUUGAUUUGAUUUAUAAUAAAACAUGUGCAGAACAAAAUGCUGAACCAUUUUGUGGUGUUAGACAAUGAUUUCAAUUCUGCACUUCCGAAAUUUUGAUUAAAGGAAUUAUGAUGUACAUAUACUGCGAUCAAUGAAUUUAGACUUGAGUUUUAGUUAUCGGCUCCGACUCAUCCUAACUGAUGUCAUGCGUCAAGAUUCAGUUAUUAGAAAUUCAGAACUGUUAUAUUUAAGUUCUCUAUCUGCUGAUGUCGAUUAAGUCUCUUUGUAUGAGUGAAUUUGCGAUGAGGAUCUUCAAAUUUUUAGUUGAAGGAGCGCAUAUGAAUACCAAACCUUAAUCGCUUAGCAAAUAUGGUACUGAAGUGGCGGGAUGCUGCUUAAUUAACCUGGAAAACACAACUGUUGCAAAAGACACAUGUAGAAAAUUUGGCGGUAGUAUGAUAGUUCGAGGGGAGAUUUUAAUAAUGUGAAGAACAUGUAACUAUGGUAAUCUUUGGCAUACUCAUCUCUGGCGUUUAUCAUGGUGGAUGUAAUCGAUGGAGAACUACUCAUCCAAAGAUCGAGGGAUUAUGUAAUUGAAAUCAAACUAGUUUGCAGUUGAGAUACUCUGCUCUAUUGUUGGCUGCAGACAUGCUUUAGCGUCAGAUGAUGUAUCAUGCCCUGGGUUAUGUAUGGUUAUAAACACUAUUUUCUGUAGGCCUUGAUUGAUGAUAUAGGCCAACAAUGGCAAGUUUUAUUUAGUGUCCAUUCGUGGCAAAUGGUAUGAAGAUCCGAUGUCAUGCAGACUUGAUAGGGAGAACUACUGGUAUGAAAAAGCAGGGGUAAACUUUGGUCAGGUCAGGUUAUUAAGCUUUGCUCUAUCCGUGCUCAAUCCGUGUACACUGUACACGUACACAAUUUGUUCAUGCUAUUGAGCUUUUACAUGAUGUAAAUGUCUUGAAAUUUAGAAUUUGGGUGCAAAGACCCUUUCAGUAUCUGUUUCUGUAAAAUGUGCGUGGACAAAAAUCCAUGAGAACUUCAUCUGAUCCGCUAUUCGGACUCGGGUAUAUAUGCAUAAUAGGCUCAUAAUUAUGGUUUGCUUGGAUUUCCAAUAAUAAACACCUCAGGUAUGCAUCAUAGAUUAUGCUCGUCUUUGAUUUGAUUUACAAUAAAGCAUGUGCAGAAAAAAAAUACUGAACCAUUUUGUGGUGUUGGACAAUGAUUCCAACUCUGUACUUCCAAAAUUUUGAUUUUAAAUAAUUAUGAUGUACAUAUACUGCGAUCAAUGAAUUUAGACUUGAGUUCUAGAUAUUGGCUUCGACUCAUCCUAACUGGUGUCAAGCAUAAAGAUUCAAUUAUUAGAAAUUCAGAACUGUUAUAUUUAAGUUCUCUGUCUGCUGAUGUCGAUUAAGUCUCUUUGUAUGAGUGGGCUGUUACUCUUCAUUACAUUCAUAGUUGGACUAGAAGAAGCUAGUGGAUUUUCGAUGAGGAUCUUCAAAUUUUUAAUUGAAAGAACGAUUUGCAUUUGAAUACUAAACCUUAAUCGCUUUGCAAAUCUGGUACUGAAGUGGUGGGAUGCUGCUUAUUCAACUUGGAGCACACAACUGUUGUACAAGAUGCAUGUAGAUAAUUUGGCGGUAGUAUGAGAUUUUGAGGGGAGAUCUUAAUAAUGUGAAGAACAAUAUAACUAUGGUAAUCUUUGGCAUACUCAACUCUGGCAUUUAUCGUGGAGGAUGUAAUCGAUGGAGAACUACUCAUCCAUAGAAGGAUUAUGUAAUUGAAAUCAAACCAAAUUGCGGUUGAGAUACUCUGCUAUGUUGUUGGCUGCAUCCCUGGUUAUAAACACUAUUUUCUGUAGGCCUUGAUUGAUGAUAUAGGCCAACGCUGGCAAGUUUUAUUUAGUGUCCAUUCGUGGCAAAUGGUUUGAAGUUCCGAUGUCAUGCAGACUUGAUAGGUAGAACUACUGGUAUGAAAAAGCAGGGGUGAACUUUGGUCAGGUCAGGUUAUUCAAGCUUUGUUCGAUCCGUGCACACUGUACACAUACACAAUUCAUUCAUGCUACUUUGGUACAUGAUGUACAUGUCUUGAAGCUUAGAAUUUGGAUGCAAAAACUCUUUGUGUACUGUUCCGGUAUAUGCUUUUGCCUGUUACAAUUGAUUGGCUUUCUCCUCUGAUCUGGCCUUUCUCCUCUUUUUUUGUUGGCUAAAUUUGUAAGUAUCCAGUUGUGAGACAUCUAGGUGUCUUUCUAUUCUAUGAUAUGAAGUGAUCUCCAAGAGAGUGUUCUGUAUGCACUUUUUAACUUUUUAUUUAUGUAAUUUGAGUUUUGGCAGAUAAUGUAUAUGUUUUGAUUUUUGAAGCUUAAAAUUUUGAAUGCAGAAAUCCUUUGUAGUAUUCUGAGGUAAAUGCUUUUGCUUCUGUUACGGUUGAUCUAGUUCUCUUCUUCCUGUUUGGUCAAAUUUGUGAAUGUUCUGUAUGAACUUUUCAUCCAAUAUGACAUGUUGAAACAGGUAAUCAAAGGCAAAAUCUUUAGAAUUAUCAGAGAAAAUCCUAACUUGAGGAAUCUGAUAGGAGAUGAGGCGAGAGAAUAUAAUACCAGAAAGACCAAAAUGACUUCUCGAGAAGAUCUGUGUAUAUGCCCUAUUCCUACAUAGUAUUAGUAUUAACGUGGUAAAUGGUGACAAAUCAAUUAAAUUGAGAGAUAAGGGUACUUCAAACAAAAUGGCAAUUGACUUCAAUAUGUUGUGAGUUUAUGAAAACAGGAUAUCAUGUACUUCCGAGUGAGGCAGUCUGGUUAUCACAGAAAUUAUUUCAGAGAUGGACAGCUCCAAGUCGCCAACACAAGGUUAUGAGAAGACAUUUCCAAUUAGGCCAGCCAUGUAAUGUAGUUGCCGAAAUUCAACAGAUAAUUAUGAGAGCAAACAUCUAAGGAACCUUUGUGGAAGAUUGUGGAACUGCUUGCUGAGAUGUUGACUUGUGAAGGAGAUAUUGACCUAGUAUAAUGCAGUAUUUUGUACUUUCCUCCUCUACAAAGAUGGAUGGGAAGACAGUCGAUCUGGAAAAGUACGAACAGAUCAUUGAUCUACCAUCAAAGACUCAAGGCCAUACAGUAGUAUUACUACCAACUGUAAGUUUCUAUCCAACAAUGACUACUAGAUUGUGUAAAGAUUGUAGAGAGGAGAAAGAUCAUCGGCCAUUCAGGGAGUGGAUGAGGUGUUUAUUUGGGACCUUCUUGUGUUCAGAAAUUUUGAAAAACUAGAGGUGAUCAACAAUAGCUUAAAGGGAAGCCAAAGGAGUACGGGUAACCAUGUAUCAUUUCUAUAAAGGUGUUACUUGCCAAUUAUAAAUUUAAAAUCUCAUAUGUUAGUGCAAGCUUCGUGUAUUUUCUGCAGAGUAUAAGCCAGAACAAACUUGUGUCCGUGUAUUAAAACUUGAUUUGUAGUGUUCGGCAUUAUUGUGUUAGUUAUCUUUUAUUGACAUUGGCGCAAUAAUUUUAUGUUGAUCCGUGGCUGUAUUGUUUCUUUAAAGAGGAACUUCUUUGGAGUUACCUGGGUUAUGGUCUUGUGUUGACUAACGAAUGAAACACCAUAAUAUUUCGACUGUAGUUGAAGGAGAAGAGAGGAAAUCUUACACCAAUCACUUGAAACCCCUAAGAAUUGGUAAUUCAUUGCCUAAAUCUGAAAGUCUUUAAAUGCUACCUAUAGCAUGGGGAGCUAUUUGAACCAACCCUACAAGGCAGGUAAUAGAAAAAAUAACUGAAUUUUGUUGAAUUCUCCAAAUUGUUGGUCAGCAGUUUGUUAUUACCGUCAGUGUGUUUGUUAGGUAUUAACCAAAUUUGUACAUAUUUGCUUUGAAUAGUAACAUAGUUGGGUAUUAUUACAUUACAGUGUCCAAAAAAGAAGACUACAAGCGUGUGAAAAUUCCAUUUUCCGUCUGUUCCCUCUUUUUAACUGUUAAAACAGAAUGAUCACCUACUUUGCGUGAUUUCUCUACAACUUCGAGUGGUGUUGUUGACUUUUUCUAUUUUUCUACAAGAAUCAAUUGUUAUUGUGUUCAUGUAGAGAGAUAGAGGGGAUCACAAGUUUCUCUCUUUUGUAAGAUAGCUUUCAAGUCCAAAUCUUUCUGCCAUCUUCCUAAUUCCUCCGUUCCAAGAAAGCUUAUCUUACCGGAAUCCCUAAAUUUACGACGCGUGUUUGUCUUAGUGACGAAGCAGAGUCACAUAUAUAUAAUUAUUAGCACCAUUUUCUCAAUCAACAGGAACCAUGUUCCGGAGAAAGUCGUCUCACACGAAUCAGGCUGAUGAUUCUGCAAGCCGUGAUGCAAAGGUUAGCGAGUUAAGAGUGUCUCUUGGACCUCUAUCUGGGAGAAGCUUAAAGCUCUGUACUGAUGUGUGUCUGAGGCGAUACUUAGAUGCUCGAAAUUGGAACCUUGACAAGGCAAAGAAAAUGCUCGAAGAGACUCUCAAGUGGAGAUCCAACUACAAGCCUGAAGAAAUUCGUUGGCAUGAAGUGGCACAUGAAAGUGAAACUGGCAAAGUUUUUAAGGCCAAUUUUCGUGACCGACUAGGCAGGACCGUACUUAUAAUGAGGCCUGGGAAACAGAACACAUCAUCUCCGGAAGGUAAUAUUCGUCAGCUAGUCUAUCUGACGGAGAAUGCUAUCCUUAACCUGCCAGAAGGCCAAGAACAAAUGUCUUGGUUGAUAGACUUCAAUGGAUGGUCAUUAAACACCAACAUUCCCAUUAAAACUGCAAGAGAUAUUAUCUACAUUUUGCAGAAUCACUAUCCAGAGAGGCUUGCAAUAGUUGUUCUUUAUAGUCCACCUAGAUUAUUCGAGGCAUUUUGGAAGGUAGUGAAAUAUUUUAUUGAUUCGAAAACAUUUGAGAAGAUCAAGUUUGUGUAUCCGAAUAACAAAGAUAGCGUGGAGUUGAUGAAGACUUUUUUCGAUACUGAGAAUCUUCCAAGUGAGUUUGGGGGGAAAGCCACAUUGAAUUACGAUCAUGAAGAAUUUUCCAAAUUGAUGGCUCAAGAAGAUGUCAAGACUGCUAAAUUUUGGGGUUUGACGAAGUGACAUCUCAUACUAAUGAUGAUGGAUACUCUAAAGCAAAGGUCAUGCCUGGCCAGUGACUGUUGCAUCAUCUGCAAGCUAAGCAAGUGCAGAAAGUCUACAAUAAUUAAACAGUGUAUUGUGAAAUUGGUGCAAUGUCAAAUCUUAUCUUUAUAAAUACUUUCUCAUCUUAUUCUGCCAUAAAAAUUGACUAAUUUUAAUUAGUCUCUUGUUUGAACAGUGGACAUAUGCCAAUAAUUAUAAUUUUUAGUGAAA